GGCGGUAGCAGUGGCAACGGCAGCAGAAGGACCGGCCGCCCCAUAGAGCCCCCCCGCGCACCUCCCCCGCCGCUUCCUCUGCUAGGGUGCUCCUCCGGCCUGACUUCCCCUUUCUCCCACCUUUCCCGGCACUGCGGGAAAAACAGCGCAGGGCAGAGCAGGCAGGGAGCGCGGCCGGAGCCCGGACACCGGAGCCUCCCAGUCAGUUCAAGACCCGACAUGAGGGAAAAGGGCCGUAGGAAGAAGGGCAGGACCUGGGCGGAGGCCGCCAAGACGGUCUUAGAAAAAUACCCCAAUACACCCAUGAGUCAUAAAGAAAUUCUUCAAGUUAUCCAGAGAGAAGGACUAAAAGAAAUCAGAAGUGGGACUUCCCCCCUUGCCUGCCUGAAUGCAAUGCUACAUACAAACUCCCGAGGUGAAGAAGGCAUCUUCUAUAAAGUUCCAGGUAGAAUGGGAGUGUAUACUUUGAAGAAAGAUGUGCCGGAUGGGGUGAAGGAGCUAUCAGAAGGUUCAGAAGAAAGCAGUGAUGGUCAGUCAGAUUCCCAGAGUUCUGAGAACAGCAGCAGCAGCAGUGAUGGUGGCAGCAACAAAGAGGGAAAAAAGAGCAGGUGGAAAAGGAAAGUAUCGUCUAGACUGUCACAGCCGUCUUCGCCCCAGUCAGGCUGUCCAUCACCCACCAUUCCGGCAGGUAAAGUCAUUUCUCCAUCACAGAAGCACACCAAGAAGGCCCUGAAGCAGGCCCUAAAGCAGCAGCAGCAGAGGCAGCAGCAGCAGCAGCAGUGCAGGCCGAGCGUGUCAGUGUCCUCCAGCCAGCACCCGGCUCUCAAGGCUGUCAAGGCAGCCGGUGACUCUGUACCUGUCAAACCUGUAAUAUGGGAAGGAAAGCAGUCUGAUGGACAGUCAAGCAGCCCCCAGAACUCAAACUCCAGCUUUUCUUCUUCAGUUAAAGUGGAAAAUCCGUUGCUAGGCUUGGGGAAGAAGUCUUUCCAGAGGUCUGACAGACUCCACACAAGACAAAUGAAAAGGACUAAAUGUGCUGACAUUGAUGUUGAGACCCCAGACUCCAUUCUGGUUAAUACAAAUCUGCGAGCACUGAUAAAUAAACACACCUUUUCAGUCCUCCCUGGAGAUUGCCAGCAGCGACUGCUUUUACUGCUUCCAGAGGUGGAUCGACAGAUUGGUCCAGAUGGUUUGAUGAAGUUGAAUGGCUCAGCCCUCAACAAUGAGUUCUUCACUUCAGCAGCCCAAGGUUGGAAGGAAAGACUGUCAGAAGGUGAGUUUACACCUGAGAUGCAGGUGAGAAUUCGACAAGAGAUUGAGAAGGAGAAAAAAGUGGAGCCAUGGAAAGAACAAUUCUUUGAAAGCUACUAUGGUCAGAGUUCUGGAUUGAGCCUUGAAGAUUCAAAGAAAUUGACAUCUUCCCCCGGUGAUCCCAAAGCAAAGAAAACCCCGGCUGAGCAGCCAAAACCCAUGCCUCCUUCAGAGGUCUCACCUGUCAGCGAAGUCCCUGUAGUUCCCCAGUCAGAGUGUAAAGAAGAAGCAGUGCAAACACCAUCGCCGGUCAGGAGAGAAAAGCUUGAAAGCCAAGAAAAGGCACAGCCAAACUUCCAGUCCACAGAGCCCCUCCCUGCCUCGGCUGGCAGUACGGAUGAGCUAACCAUUCUCAGCAAGUGCCCGAAGGCUGAGGGCCUCGUGGAGCAGAGCCCGGUUGCCUGUGCUGAGCAGGAGUCUGAAAAAGAGAAUCAUCUCGCCACAGCCUCUAAUUAUAACAGAAGUGAAAGCCAGCAAGUUGUAGUUACAUCCCCAAGCAAACCCAAGAGUCCUGGGGUGGAAAAAGCAAUAAUGAAACCCAUAGUAGAAGCAGGUCCACAGGAAGCCAGUGUGAAAGAACCUCCGGCAACUCUUGCUGAGCAGAGCCCAGAGAGCCUCAAGAGAAAAUCUGCCCUUGCUCAAGAAGACGCCCCUGCAAGCUGGGAGAAGAGGCCACGUGUCACUGAGGAUCGCCAGCACCAGCAGCCAUUUCAGGUCUCGCCACAGCCCUUUCUUAAUAGAGGGGACCGGGUGCAAGUGCGAAAAGUACCACCUCUCAAGAUCCCGGUCUCCAGAAUCUCCCCCAUGCCGUUUCCUACAUCGCAGGUCUCUCCCAGGGCUCGUUUUCCAGUCCCCAUCACUAGUCCUAACAGAACAGGAGCCAGAACUCUUGCAGACAUCAAAGCAAAAGCGCAGCUGGUCAAAGCACAGAGAGCUGCAGCUGCAGCCGCUGCCGCAGCCGCUGCAGCCGCCUCAGUUGGAGGGACCAUUCCCGGCCCAGGCCCCGGGGGUGGACAAGGUCCCGGAGAGGGUGGUGAAAGGAAAACCGCCAGAGGAAGGAGUCCAGCCUCAGACAGAGUCAGUGCAACUGGAAAGGGCCCUACACUGGAACUGGCAGGAACUGGAAGCAGGGGAGGUUCGAGAGAGCUUUUACCCCGCGGUCCAGACACUCAACCCCAACCCGAGACCAAGACCCCAGGCCAGACACAGCCUCAUAGUGUCUCUGGAGCACAACUACAGCAAACCCCCUCAGUGCCUCCAGCACCUGCCAUCAGUGGAGCAUGCACAAACAUUGCAUCACCAGCCCAUGUAGACAAACUGAGUCAUGAAAGCUCGGACCCCCCCAGAGCAGCAGCCACAAUGACCUCCCCUAGCCACCCGCAGAGGUUCAAUGCAUGUGGACAGGAGAGAGGUCCUUCUCCGAAGGGGCCUGCUCUGAUCUCAGGAGCCUCCCCUGUUUGCUUCGUAGCUGAUGGCACAGUUGAAUCCAAAGCUUGUUCUAGUAAGAAUACACCCAACCCUUCAGCCUCAACAAAAACAACUGCUAAUGCUCCAGUGGAUAUGACUCCCUCCCCUUUGACGUCUUUAUUGACAACAACUACUUUAGAAAAGCUCCCUGUACCCCAGGCCAGUGUAAUUGUAGCAUCUACUGGAUCAGCUCCACCCUCAGCAUCUUCUAGCCUUAAAACCCCAGGAACUUCUGCAAAUAUGAAUGGACCCAUUUCAAGAUCAAGCUCUAGUAUCCCUGCUAAUAAUCCUUUAGUUACUCAGCUUCUCCAGGGCAAAGAUGUUCCCAUGGAGCAAAUUCUGCCUAAGCCUCUCACCAAAGUUGAAAUGAAAACUGUUCCACUGACAACAAAAGAGGAAAAGGGGGUAGGGGUACUUACAGGUACCACUGGAACAGAAAACAGCACCAGAGAGGCGGUUAGUGAUAGACAGCCCCAUCCAGUGGUCAUCCAGCAGCUAGGGAAAACCUUGCAAAGUAAACAGCUCCCCCAGGUUCAAAGGCCCCUGCAACUUUUUUCAGCUAAGGGUCUGAGGGACUCUAGCAUUGACACUCACCAGUACCAAGAAGGACUAAGUAAAGCAACCCAAGAUCAGAUCCUUCAGACUCUCAUCCAGAGGGUUCGGAGGCAGAAUGUUCUCUCGUUUGUGCCUCCCUCCCAAUUCAACUUUGCUCACUCAGGUUUCCAGUUAGAGGACAUCUCCACAAGCCAGAGGUUCAUGCUGGGUUUUGCUGGCAGAAGGACAUCCAAACCUGCAAUGGCAGGUCAUUACUUACUGAAUAUUUCCACCUAUGGCCGAAGUUCAGAGAGCUGUAGAAGGAGCCAUUCUAUAAACCCCGAAGACCGCUUCUGUCUAACUAGCCCCACUGAAGCCUUGAGAAUGGGAUAUUCAGAUUGUAAAAACACAACAGGAGAUAGUAGUAGUGGCAAAGAAGAUGAAACUGAUGAAGAGAGUACUGGUGAUGAGCAGGACUCUGUGUUGGUGAAGGAAGAGCCCAAGGCUGCCCAGAGUCCUGGCAAGCAUGACACAAGUUCAGGACCCCACAGUAGAGAAACCCCAUCCAGCAAUGAUUGUUUAACUAACAAAACCAUGAAGGCUGAGACACCAGUGAAUGAGCAUGCCACUCUAAGCAAGGAGAAUUACCUGUUCCCCAGAGGCCAGACAUUUGAUGAAAAGACCUUAGCCAGAGAUUUUCUUCAGGCAGCACAGAAACAAAUGGCACAGGCCGUUAGGGGUAAGGCAAUGCGCAGCAGCCCUGAGCUGUUCAGUUCUACUGGUUUUUCUCUGCCUGCAGACAGUCCCACCCAUCAGCCUCUACUCCUUCCACCACUGCAAACCCCAAAGUUGUAUGGCAGCCCCACACAGAUAGGGCCAAGCUACAGAGGCAUGAUCAAUGUCUCCACCUCAUCCGAAGCAGACCAUAACUCUGCUGUACCGGGUAGCCAGGUGUCUAGCAAUGUAGGUGAUGUCAUGUCUUUCUCAGUGACUGUCACUACCAUCCCUGCUAGCCAAGCUAUGAAUCCCAGCAGCCAUGGCCAGACAAUUCCUGUUCAGACCUUUCCUGAGGAGAACAGCAUAGAGGACACACCUUCAAAAUGUUACUGCCGGUUGAAAGCCAUGAUCAUGUGCAAAGGUUGUGGAGCUUUCUGCCAUGAUGAUUGCAUCGGCCCCUCCAAACUGUGCGUCUCCUGCCUUGUUGUUCGGUAAUGAAUCUUGAAAGAUGUAACACACUGUAAAAGGAGGGGGAAGUGUAGGGUUAACAAGAUGUGUUUCUGCAUCAUUUUGGAAUCACAGAAAUAAGGUUUUGGUUGUCUUAAGAGACAAAUGUUAAUCAGGAAUACAGAGUACAGGUCCUUUAGAUUUUAGAGGAAGAGCACCUUGUAUAGUAAGUUUAAGUCAAGCAAGACUUUGUAAAUUUGUGACAAGUUUGCACUUAAAAAAUCAUGUAAAUAUGUCACAUUUGGUUACCAUUUUUUCAGUGUUUAGGUGAUGAUGUAUUCUUUAAAAUUAUGUGUAUGUUCCACUUCACGUGACACUGAGAAAUGCUGAAUGCCACGCAUGGUGAAAGGAAGCUGUCUCCCUUUUGGCCUUUUGUGAAACUUAGGAAAAGGAAGGAAUGGUCUGUUAAGCGGCCAUUCGUGCUGAUUUUGUCUGCAGGGUCUGGAUGUAGGUUAUUCGUAGAUUAUUUGGCCUUUGGAAGAUUUGGAUUCAGAGUUUGCUCAGUCUCUUGACCUUCGAUGGAACCCUCUUGCGUGGAAGUUUUCCACAGGUAUUGAUGUCACAGGGAGUGUUUCUUUCUGACCCAGCAAGCCCUGACUUGGUUCUUGACUUACACAGACCAGCACCGCCACCAUGCAGAGCCCCGCUGUCCCCUAAUCCCACCCUCCGGUCUGAAAGGACGAUCUGGCCUGUGGAGGGAGUGCCUCAGGGCCCCACUUUGUGACUGUUCUGUGCCUGGUGACAGCACUGCAACAACACCCUGCACUUUGUCAUGCGUGAGAGUACGCAGUGAGCGGGCAAGGGUUAGUGACGGGAUGCAUUCAGCUGUGUGUCAUUGGGCAGGGACUAAAUUACAGAAGCUUAAACUGAGUGUAAAGAACUGUGGAAGACCACUUAAUGCUAGAAACAAGGUGUAGUAUUUUUACCUCUUCUCUCCCAACCCGUUACCUAGCGUUUCACAGUCAGCCGUUGGGAUAGGUAGAAAAUCUCCUACGCAGCAUGUUUGCUCCUUCUGUUCAACUUGUUUCGACCUCGCAGGCAUCUGACAAGGAUGGAGUAAUCUUACUAGAUCUUACCUUACCCACACGUAUGUGCACACAAACAUAGUACAAGACACUUUGCUGUUUUUGAAAAUAAGUCCACUGUUACAGAAUUACUGCUCUCUGUGCUAGGGAUGCCUAAGAUAAAAGGGCUUCAGUGAAUGGCUAAGGGAUGGUCUGACAAGGAAGGAAAGUUAGUUCCAAAAUUUUGUGGGUUUUUAAUUCUUUUUUAAUUUUUUAAACUCCUUCUCUAGUGAUUAAAUUUUUUUGAAUGCAUACUUUUUAAGUCAUGAUUAAAGAACUUUUUUUUAACCCUAUAGUUUACCAAAAUUUGGUUUUAAGAAGAUUGUCAGUUUGCACAUUUGCUUAUUUAUUUCAGUUCUCCUAAUUUGAGAUGUGUAAAGUAAUAUUAAUACAACCUGGUGCAGUUAUGUUUAUACUUAAUAUUCUAGAUGUGAUUCUUACAAAUUUCAGGACAAUUUAAACCUUUUUAUUAAGUCACAUUCCAGACCAGGAGAAAGGAGGCAAUAAUCUGUUAGACUCCCAUUCUGCUGUCCACCCCUGCCCACCUCACCCCCAAAUGCUUUCCAGCAGUGUCUGCCCCAGACGCCUUAAGAAACUCCAGUUUCUUAUUUUUCUUCUCUGGCUCAUUUGUUGUGGCUCAAGGCAAAUACAAGAUUGAUUACUGUUCCAGUUUCAGCCAAGACAAUAUGAUGUCCCUCAAUCCUCCCUUUUUCUUCCACCGCGUACAUACCUGAGAGGUUUAAAAGGCUUCAAGCAUCCAGGGAUAAAAUAAGUUCUCCAGUGAAGGGCCAGUAGGAAACAGAAACUGGGGUUGCCCUGCUCCCAAACUUGAAUGCCCUGGGUAAUUCCAGUGGGGUUUUAAAAACCUGUUGUUGCCAGGUGUGGUGGCACACGCCUGUAAUCCCAGCACUCAGGAGGCUGAGGCAGGAGGAUUGCUGUGAGUUUGAGGUCAGCCUGAACUACAGAGCAAGACCCUGCUUCAAACAAAACCUGUUGGUGAGGAAGACUUCUGUGUGCCCAGCCGCUUGCUCCACCCCCAUGACAGCGCUGAGAGCUGGCCUGUGUGCCUAGAGAGGCUGAAUGUUUCAGAAUUGACCCCUGCUGCAUGUCCAUUACCAGUCUGCAUUGAUGAAAGUGACUUUUCUGCUUCAUGACUGCCAGAAAAGCGUCCUUUAAUGAAUUCCUUUAUCUGCAGAUGGAUGGAGUAUAACUGGGCCAGGAGAGCAUCAGGGAUUCUCAGUCCCAUCUACAGAGGAAACCACAUGGUGCUUCCUCUCGAUCCAGCCCUGCAGCUAGGUCCCAAGCUUUGUUGUUCAUGAGAUUCCCCUAAACAAUUCCCAGCAAAAUACUUGCAUUUAGUUAUACUUCAGAAACAAAUUGCCGGCUAGAUACAGUGCGUCAGGCUUUACAAGAUGCCAGAUGAGAGAAUAGACUCUUAGAGUGGUAGUAAAUUAAAUACUGAUCCACUUACUAAUUUGUUUAAAAACAGUGGUUUCAAAUUGAGAGCCAUUCAUUUCAUAAACUGAAUAGUAAAGAAAAAGUCUGGCCCCUUUAUUACAGUAUAGUACUUCAGUACUUUUAAAGCAAUUUCUGUCUUAGUUGUUUUACCUUUAAAUUCACUCUUAAUAAAUGCUCAGCACAUCUUCGAGCAUUAAGUGGCACCUUCCAGGGAUGCAGCGGGUAUGUCUGAAGGAUGUGCUGACAGUAUGCCCUCCCUGCCCCUCAGGUAUCUCAGCCCAGCAAGAGCAUUCAUAAUGUGUCAUCUCAGUCUGAUUUAUAAAUGUUCCAAGUUGUCCAGUAAACCCCAAAUCUUAAGAUUUUUAAUUAAUCAAAAUUCUUCAUCCUGUUAAGUAGAAAAUAAAGCCAAAUAACCCAGAUUUGUUCGCCCUACUUCAGUUCCUUAGCCCCUAUGUUCAAAAUACUGAAGCCAUCUGUAGUCUGUGUAACAUUUCUAAGAAUAAGAGCUGGCCAAUGGGAAACUUUCCUUGGGGUGGGGAAAAAUAUGCUUACAUUGGCUGGGAAGACGCAGGUGGAGAUGUUCUAGAGCUUAUCUCAGAUUUAAAUAGAUUGCCAAAGGAAGACCUCAUUGCCUUCCGGAUGAGGUGCGGUGUCGUGUGUAGUAAGUAAUGCCCUGUUACAUCCUAACUGCUAAUUAUUGCCUUCUUUGGCCUUUGAGAUCCUUAAAGAACUCUUUGGUUAAAUGAUUAGCCAUAAUUAAAGGUCUCUGGUCAUCGUACUGCUAUUUAUUUCUAAAACACUGUCAAUGACCAGUGCCGUGGUCACUUUCAACAUCACAUUGACAUAAUGCGGAGGAGAAAGUCUCCAUUCCAUUACAAGAGUGUGUUAAGUAAACGCCUUGGCCUAGGAUAAUUUUCAACUCAUUUUACUGAAGAGUCCAAAGAGACUGAGAAACAUGAUGGUAGGCAGGGUCCUCUCCGACAUGUUUCAGUACCUGCAUACCCGCUGAAAGAAAGCAGUGGGUAAGACAUUUCGUAAAGUUGAAGCAAUAGCUUCUUAGAGUCUUGGUUAUUUUAUUUUUUUUUAAUGCUUUACAUUUGAUACAACUAUUAAAGAUCAAUUUUAAAUAUAGCUUUCCAGUAAUAUAUUUUAAGUAAUAUAUAUUUUAAUAUCUAUGUAAAAAGUGACAGAGGAGGACUGAAUUUCUCACAUAUGGAAUGUUUAAUGUAAGACCGCACUGUUAAGGUACACAUUAUUUCAAGGGAAGUUGCUCUAAAGAUACUCAGAUUAUUUCCCAGAAAUGCAAUAAGGGGGAUAGUUUUGGGGUUUAUUUUUUAUUUUAAAUGGAAAUUGACUUAUUUACCACAAGCUAUUUUUUCCUUCUGGCUAUAAGGUUUGUACAGACUGGUUUGGUAAAUGCUGAACUUUUGUGUCUUGCCUUUUUCAAGGAAUUGUUAACGUUGGAAUUGAGGGUAUGUACAGAGAAGCUGGUGUCAGCACCAUUUAAUAAGGCGUAUUUUUACACAAAUACAGAGAAAAUCAUUUUACAUAAGAAAAUUUUAAGUAUUUGCAAUAAAUAUAUGUAUAUAGAUUGUAUGUAUUCAUAUAUUAUUUUUCAUUUUAUUAUUGAGUAAAAGAUAAUUAAAAGUGACAUUAAAACCUUG